UGAAUUCUUGCAGCCUGGUUCUUAAUUGUUAUCAGAACCGUUCCCCACGUGUUUCAGACAGGAACACACUGCGCAUGCGUCAGCGUGGUCUCUCCUUCCGUUAAAGGAACCAGCCAAACUUCCGGUUAAAGAGAGGUAGAGGGCUGCCUGCUUUUUGUGAGGUCUUCUCGUAUGUUUGCGCUCCUUCGGCUCCCGUUAUGAAGAUCACCCGGCAGAAGCAUGCCAAGAAGAACAUGGGCUUCUACAAAUACAAUUUUGGUUUCCGGGAGCCUUUCCAGGUGCUGGUGGACGGCACCUUCUGCCAGGCUGCCCUGCGCAACAAGAUUCAGAUACGCGAGCAGUUACCGGGUUACCUGGCCGGAGCCACGCAACUCUGCACGACGCGAUGUGUGUUAAAAGAAUUGGAAUGCUUGGGGAAAGAGUUGUAUGGUGCAAAACUAAUUGCACAGAGAUUUCAACUUCGCAACUGCUCUCAUUUCAAAAAUCCAGUGAGUGGUUCAGACUGCCUCUUGUCCAUGGUUGAGGAUGGUAAUCCACACCAUUAUUUCAUAGCUACACAGGACCAGCACCUGGCUACAAAAAUAAAGAAAAGGCCUGGAAUUCCUCUGCUAUUUAUAAUUCAGAAUACAAUGGUUCUGGACAAGCCUUCCGCCAAAUCCUUGGCUUCAAUACAAGCAAUCCACACAAACCAGCUUAUUCCAGAACACCAUAAACAAACCAUUACUUUUCUGAAAGAGAAACAAGGUCUGGUGAAAACUUCAGAACCCAAAAAAAGAAAGCGGAAAAGGGCUGCUGGGCCAAAUCCUCUCAGCUGUCUGAAGAAAAAGAGAAAAACUGAAGAAUCCCAACAGUCUUCCACAUCUAAGAAAAAGGGAAAACAGAAGCGCAAUAAAAGGAAACCAGACACUAUGACUGCAGUUGUCCAAGAUAUGAAAGACUAACAUUAUUCUGAAUAGUUGAUGAGCAUUUCUGUUUUGCGGACUUUAGAUAUGUAGUUAAUGCUUUUUAAAAAAUAAAUCAUACUUUGUUUUCUAAAAAGAAUAGUUUACCAUGUAUGUCAUGUUGAUGCCAUGUGAAAAGAAUUCUACAAAUUUUUUUAGCAUCUCAUUUCAAAGAAAUUGUGUGUAUAUAGGAGGGAGCAUACUUCUUCCCUACAGUAGAUAAAGGGAAGCUGUAUGCGCCUUCCCAUAUUUAGGUAGACCAGGUUGCUUCAAUAGGAGGGAAAAAAACCCCCACUUGAUCUUUCCCCUGGUGCAGCUGAUAAAGAGGAGAACCUGUGGCUUAGUGGUUAAUACAUCUGCCUAAUAUGCAACCAAGCCCAGGAUUGAAUCCCAGAAGGUUAUGGCUAGCUGAUGAGAACUAAACAGCUUGAAAUAGAUCUAUACUAGUCUCCCUUUAUUUCGUCAGUAAAUUUAACACAUUAUAUACAUACAUACAUACAUACAUACAUACAUAUAUAUGUAGGUCUUUGGUUAUUCGGGUUUUCUCCCGCGUAAAAUUGGAAGUG